CAGCUGGGCCUGGGAGAGGAUGUGGUGGAGAGGAAGAGACCAGCCCUGGUGACGCUGCCGGAGAUGGUGGUGCAGGCGGAAGCCGGGGGGAUGCACACGGUGUGCCUGAGCCAGACAGGAAAGCUGUCCUGACCGGCUCACACCUUUGGGUGCAACGACGAGGGCGCCCUCGGGCGCGACACCUCGGCGGAAGGGUCCGAGACUACGCCGGGGCUGGUGGGGCUGCAGGAAAAGGGGGUGCAGGUGUCCGCGGGGGACAGCCACACAGCCGCGCUGACAGAGGAUGGCAGGGUUUUUGUCUGGGGCUCUUUCCGGGAUAACAAUGGGGUGAUCGGCUUGUUGGAGCCCAUGAAGACCAGCUCCAUCCCUGUGCUGCUCCAGCUCAGCGCGCCCGUCGUUAAAAUUGUCUCAGGGAAUGACCACCUAGUGAUGCUGACGGUGGAUGGUGACCUCUUCACGUGUGGCUGUGGCGAGCAGGGCCAGCUGGGGAGAGUGCCAGAGCUCUUUGCCAACCGAGGAGGAAGGAGAGGUCUACAGCGGUUGCUGGUCCCCCAGCGCGUCCCUGUCAGAGGCAAAGGCAACAGAGGCAAGUUGUGCUUCCAGGAUGCCUUUUGUGGGGCUUACUUCACUUUUGCCAUCACACAGGAGGGACACGUCUAUGGAUUCGGCCUCUCCAACUACCAUCAGCUUGGCACCCAGGGCACCGAGCCCUGCUUCUCCCCGCAGAACCUGACGUGCUUCAAGAACUCCACCAAGUCCUGGGUCGGGUUCUCUGGAGGGCAGCACCACACAGUGUGUGUCGACUCCGAGGGUAAAGCCUACAGCCUGGGCAGGGCAGAGGCGGAGUACGGCCGCCUGGGCCUGGGUGCUGGGGCAGAGGAGAAGAGCACACCCACAGCCAUCCCCGAGCUGCCCAGCAUCUCCUCCGUGGCCUGCGGCGCCUCGGUCGGCUAUGCUGUCAGCAGCGAUGGCCGAGCGUUCGCCUGGGGCAUGGGCACCAACUACCAGCUGGGCACAGGGGAGGAGGAGGACGUCUGGAGCCCCGUGGAGAUGGUGGGCAAGCAGCUGGAGAACCGCACAGUCCUGGCCGUGUCCAGUGGUGGGCAACACACUGUGCUGCUGGUCAAGGACAAGGAACAGAGGUGA